AUGCAACAGAACCAAUCUUCUCUGUUUAAGUCUUUUCGAACUAUGAUGAAUAGUAUAGAACAAAGUGAGCAAGAAGAGAUCGCACUUGAGAAUGACAAAAUCAAGUUUUCUCAAAUGGCUUCAGUGCUAACAACUCAUUUGCAAUACCAUGAAAAGUUUGGAAGCACUAACCUAGGCCUGGCAAAGUUCAUAGGUGACCAGUGCCAUGCUUUCUAG